AAAAAAAUGGCGACGUUUAAAAGGACGCAGAGCGCUGGCAAGCAACUGGCAACAGUAAACAAUAAACAGAAACAUAACCUGAAUUAUAAAUGCACAGUGUGACGUUUGAAUUAAACUGUUCUAUUAUGACAUAUUUGAAGCUAAGAAAAAAAAAUAUAGUCAUGUAAUAUAGAUAUUCAUAAUAAAGAUAGCAUGCACAUUAACAAACAUAAUUUAUAUUGUUUCUCUUUUUAACUUUAACUCUGAAAUAACAAUGACUUUAUGAUACAUUCAUAAAUUGCUAAUCAGUGUAGACACCUGUUUGAAUUUUGCAAGACAGACAAAAAUACAGGUAGUAAAAUGGAUUCUUCGAGGAGCAGUGGUAGAGGGGAAUGCCCAGGUGAAGAAGAUCUGUCGCCUGAUGCUCUGGUUAGACAAAACUAUGAGCUACGUCAUCGCCUCGAAGAGGAAACAUCUAAUUAUAAGAGAAGGCUGGAUACAUAUAGGCAAGCCCAACAACAUCAAGCUGCUCUUGUUUCUCGAUUACAAGCCAAAGUUUUACAAUAUAAGCAACGGUGUUCAGAACUAGAGAAUCAAAUGGCGGAAUCUGUUGUAUAUGAUUCUAGUAAAAUUUUAAAUUCCACACCUCCUGCAACCUCUGCUUUAGAUGCAGCACAUCACACAUUAAGAGAGAUACGCGAAGAACAAAUUCACGAUUUAGAUACCGCGUUGAAAAAGCUCGCGGACGAACGCAGAAGAUGCGACAAAUUGUUACAAUUAAAUACAGCAUUGAAAGAUCAGUUGGAAGAAUCUCAUCACACCAAUGAAGCAGUCACUAAUGACCUGCAAAAGUUAAGCAACGACUGGGACGUCUUAAGAGAAGAGUUGGCUAUCAAAGAAGAAGAGUGGAGAGAAGAGGAACAAGCAUUCAAUGAAUAUUAUACUUCGGAGCACAACAGAUUAUUAAAUCUCUGGCGUGAUGUUGUUUCUGUAAAACGAUUAUUUGCAGAAAUAAAAUCUACUACAGAGAGAGACUUGUUAAAGAUGAAGAACAACAUUACUUCUACUUUUAACGAUGUUUCAUCGGCUUGUAGUAACGCAGGAUUCGCUAUGAAAAUGCAUGCAGCUGUACAACCAAUGAUAUCCCAGCAAGUUCAACAAGCACAGGAACAAGUUGCAACGGAUUUGAAAGUAGAAUUAACUACGCUUAAGCAACAGUAUGACGCAGCUCAAAAUGAGAUUCGCGUGAAAGAAGACAGAAUCAAUCAGCUUAUUCGCGAUGUUAAUACUCUGGAAGAAAGAUGUGGGGAGGCAGAAGCGGAAGUGCAUCGCAAUGUACGCGUACAAGAUGACAUUGAAAUUUUACAGUCCGCACUGAGAGACAUAGCACACGCUGUAAUUCAGGACGCAGAGGCACGCGAGAUCGAGAGUUCACAGGCGCCUCCUCAUCUUCAUCUGUCUCCCAGUGCACCAAUUCCCCAAAGAUCACCAAAAAGAGGUACAAGAAGCAACACCAUUCCAGCCUUUGCUGAAAGUACAAUCAGUGCUGUGCAAGCAGCUCUGCAUAAAUAUCAAUUGACUAUUCACGAGCUUCAGGUAAAAUUACAAACUAACAAAGAACAGUUGGUCGCGAGUCGAAAACAGUGCGACAACGCAGAAGAAAAUAUUAAAACUUUAGAAAAGAGAGCUGAAGAAUUGAUCACUGAAUUGGACGCUACUCGAUCUCAAUGUUCGCAACUGAGUCAAGAAAAAGAUAUGCUACAGAAAGGUCUCGAUACCGUGAGACUAGAAAAAAAUGCACUCGACAAAAGUAGAGUGGAAAUUAAUAGUAUGGUGGAAAAUUUAAACAGUGACUAUGAAAAACUCCAAAAAGCUAAUAACAAAUUGCAGAAGCUUUGCGAUAAUUUGGAAGAUGAGAAAUUAUAUCUUCAAAGCGAGCUCGAUAGAGUGUCUAAAGAAGUAGAAUUAAGGGAACUGAGUCUUCGUUCAGAAGAGGGUAGAUGCAGCAAAAUGAGGGAAGAAUUGUUAACUUUACGAGAAGAAUUGAAUAAAGCGUACCUUGCAAAAGAUAUGCUAGAUCAACAAAAACUGGAAACAGAUGGAUUAAUUUCGCAAAUUGAAAAAAGCAAAGGUGACUUGGAACUAGAGUUAGAACGCUUACUGCUGGAGAAGUCGGACAUGCAGGAGCUUUUAAUAAAGUUAGAAACAGUUUGCGGUAACCACGAGCAAGAGAAACAGAGAUUGCAGGAAGAACUAAAAAAGGUAACAGAGGAAAAAAUUAAGUUGGCAAGUCAAUGUGCGGAUCAGCAAAACGAUUUGGGUUCGUUGAGAAAAGAACUGCUUCAAGCGGAGCAGACUAGACUCGAUUUGGAGUCAGAGAAGGCUACUUUGAACGAGAAAGUGAAAUUUUUCGAGAUCGAGAAAGAAAAGAUUGAAAUAGAAUUGGCGCAAGUUACUCGCGAGCGUGGAGAUCUGAGCAACCAAUUAUCGGCGUUAGCGCGAAAGAAAGAAACGUUGAACGAGGAGGUAAUGAGAGUUCGACAAAGAUUAGAACAGGCGAACGAGAUGAAUGGAAGGAUCAAUCGAAAUUUGGAAGAUCUUGUGAAGGACAACGAAGAGAAACAGGUACUUCUAGAAACUAACGAAAAAGAAGUUCAACGAUUGCAAGAGCAACUCGCAUCGAUGCGCAGCGAAAAAGAAACUCUGGAAGGUGUCUUAUUCGAUACUCAAACUAACCUGGAAAAUAUGCACGUGAAGAAAACGUAUUUAGAAAAGGAGCAGAAGGAAUUGUUAGUAAAGCAGGAGAGCUUGAAAGGACAAGUAGAAAGGUUGUCGAAGGAACUGGAGAACAGCGAGAAACACGCUCAAGAAGUGAAACAAUCUCUGACGCAACAAAGUGGCGAUCAAGAAGCUGAAUUUCAUCAGAUUAUUUCCAACAUGAAGAAACACAGCGAGGAUAAUAUUAAGAAAUUGAACGAGGAAAAAGAGCACAUAAAAAUAAACUUGGAGAAAAAGCUUCAACAGUCUUUGUUGCAACUUUGCGGGGAGAAAGACAACGAGAUAAAUCAAUUGCAGCAGAGGAUAGACGAAAUGCAACAGCACAUGGAAAAUCUAUGUCAGCAACACGAAGAAGUUCUUCUUAGAGCAGAGAAUGAUAAACAACAAGCUCUUCUCAUGGCUCAUCACGAUCAACAAGCGUUAAUGGAAAAGCUCGAGAGCGUCUUGCAUGAAAUAGAAGAGGAGAAGGGUAACGUGGAACGCGUUAAAAGGGAAGCAGCAUCGCGCGCGGAACAAGAGCGCAACAAUACAAAUCAAUUGCGCGACGAGUUGAGUCGUCUCAAGACAAAAUUGGACGAGGUUAAAUUAAAAGCUGACGAGGAGAAAAUAAAGCUUGAUUUGAAAAUUGAAGAACUCUGGAAGGAACGGGAAUCAGCGCAAAGGGAAUCCGAGGAGUUGCAGGUUCAAUUACACAUGACCGAAGACAGGGUCGAUACCUUGCAGAACCAAUUGCACGAGACAAUUAGGAAACUUAAAGAUGUUGAAAAUCUUAAUGAAACGUUGCGCAAAGAAUUAGUGGAUGUUAGGAGACAGUUGGGCGAUUCCACGUAUGAAAAAGAAAAAUAUAAUAACAGUAACAAAGAACUACGCGAACAUGUGAAACGCAUUGAAAGCGAGAAGAGAGAACAGAGCAGGACAUUGGAAGAAUCGUAUCAAAAAAUUGCAGCACUGGAAGAUAUGAAGGUAACUAUAGACGCAGAGAGAUCCCGUCUUCAAUCACAGCUUCGCGAUAUGGAACGAGAGAUGUUGCAACUGGAAAAACAAUUGCGUUUCACUCAAGACGAAUUGCAGAAGUCUCAUCAGAGUAACUCUCAAGCACAGAACGACGAGAAGGAGUUGCAAGCACGACUGGCAAACGAAACGGAAGAAAGAGAGCGUUUGCAGCUUCAACUGCAUCAAGUGAAGAAACAGCUGGUAGACACGGAUAAUAACUUGGAAGUGACCAGACAAGAACUUGGAAGACUGCGUUCACGUUCUGACGAAGAGGAUGGUAGGUGGAGGACCAGAGAACAAGAAUUAUUGGUUCGACUCGAGGAUUGUCGAUGCCGUGAAAGAAAACUGGAGGAUCAAAAGCAUAACUUGGAAGUUUGUUUGGCCGACGCCUCUCAGCAAAUUCAAGAACUGAAGGCUCGCCUUGGAGGAUCCGAAGGACGAGUUAGAGCUUUGGAUGCUCAGUUAUCACAGAUGGAAGUUGCGAAAAAGGAAGUCGAGCAAAAAUUGAGUAGCGUAGGCUCUACUCUACGACGUAUCGCGGGAAUUCAAAUGGACGGAAGCGUUAACAUGCCCUUUAAAUUGAUGAGCCCUUCGAGGAGAUGGAGCCCUGCACGAGUUCAAGACCACACUGACUCCAACAGGGAUGUCAUACUCGACGUUGACCCUGAAGUUGUUAGGAAGGGUGUGCGAUCCCUUAUGCAACAAGUGGCUCAAAUCGAACGCGAAAGGGACGAUUAUAAAACUGAAUUAUGUAACUUGAAGAAGCAACUGACCGAAAAUGAAGAGAGUCAGAACAAGUCGGACACUCAAAUAAACAUGUUAUUAAACAACAUACGAAUUCUACAAGACGAACGGAAUUCGCUGGAAGUAAAGCUUUCUCAGAAACAGAGCGGUUACGAAAUGCAGUUGAACGCUUUACAACAAAAAAGGGAAGAAUGCGAGCAGUUAUGCGAGAAAGUUGCGAAUCUUGAAGUUAUGUUGAGCAACAGUUCCGACGAGAAGACUCAGUUCGAAGAAAAAUUAGAAAAACUGAAGCAUGCAUUAAAUAGAGCAGAGAACGAUAAACGUAAUUUACAAGAAGAGUUUAGCAGAAGCGAAUCCCGUGCUACGAAGUUGGAGUUGCAGAGAAUGUCGUUGGAAGGUGAUCUUCAAAGGUUGCAAAUGAUGUUCCAAGAAAAGGAAUCGAACAUCCACAAACUACAAGAACGAAACGAAACUCAAAGUCGAGCCAUGGCGAGUUUAGAAGAACGUUGUGCUUCGUUAAAGUCUACGAUAGAACAAUUGAAUCUUGCAUUAGAAAAAGCAUCCAAUACAGAAACCGAAUUGAAGAGCGAAAAUAAUGCUCUGCAACGUAACAUCAUGGAACUAACAACUUCCUUACAGACUUGUAACGAAAAAUCUAAACAGUUGCAGAAACAACUUACGAAUACCGAGAACGAUCGAAGAGUAUUAUCUGAACGCGUAGAAUCUGUACAACAGUCUUUGAGUGAUCUGAAACGUACAAACCAAACGUUAACGGACCAAAUAGCUCGUCUACAAAAUGAACUAGCGAAUAACGAAGUGCAACGUUGCACUUUGGAAUCGCAAUUAAGAUUGAUUAGUUUCCCGCAAGAACAGAGCGUGAACAAAGACGAAGAACUUUUGCGCCAGUUGCAAACCGCGCAAAGGGAGAGAAGCGAAAUGAGAGGAAAGGUGGACGCUCUCAGCGAUAAGAUGAAACUGUUAGAAACGGACAAACGCAAUUUAGAACGUCAGUUAUCUUUACUUAAGUCGACCGGCGUUCGUAGCAAGAGUUACGAACGUCCUGAGAAAGCACACGCGGAAUUAUUGGGUACAAGCUUCGACUUGGAUCAUUACGAACAGGAGAACAGAGAGCUGAGAUUAAAAGUCCGCAGAUUAGAAACUCAGCUUGCAGAAAAGGAAGCUGAGAUCAUAAGAGUGAAGUCGAGUUAUGCUCAUACUCAUUCUAUAUACGAUUACAGCAGAGAUAGAACAGGAGAAAUUGAAAGACUCAGAGCUGCCCAGUUGCAAGCUGAAAAAUUGUUAGAGGCGAGAGAGCAGAGUCAUCGUCAACAGGUCUUACGACUCGAGAAUCAGAUUCAAUUAUUGCGAGAGCAACUGAACCAAGAGAUCAAACGUCGACAAUUAUACGUCCUGCGGAGUUCAAGAGCUGGUAGGGAAAUGCAACAAUUGAGGCAAGCCUUAGGAGACUCCUUGAGAACAGUAGCCCAAGACCCAUCGUUAGAUGCUGUACUAUUGGAGCACGAAGCUCGAAAGUUGGAUUCUACUCUGACAAGUACUACCAGUCUACCGCCAUCGUUAGCUUUACCAUCGCCGACAUCUUAUGAUAGAUCUUCCACACCAGCACAGCUGAAAUGAAUCAACGAUAUCAUUGCAGACUGAAUUAGAUAUGAAAACUGCCAGUGUUCAAUGAUGUUUACAGAAAAGUAGCGUAUCAACGAUACUUUCGUUCAUGGGAACAUGGCCUGACGUUAUUUAUGCUAGUCGUGAAUGUACUUUAAAUUCAUUGCCAUAUCCGUGUAAACCUCAGAUUAGUGUUACUUAAUAGUAUUAAGAUGGAGGGUAUUUUAACUUUUUGAUAACGGUAGUUCGGCAUAUUGAACUUUUUACGUACAUUUUUUUAUACGAGUUUAGAACAUUUUAUCUGGUAAAAUCAAUGCAACAUUAUGAAAUGGUCUAGAGCAGAGAUGGCGAAUAUUUUACAUACCAUACUUCAGCUUUUUCCACAGAUGCAUUCAGGUGCUCCAUACAACUCAUUCUUUCUUUCUCUCAUACAUACAUACACACAUACACACCUUGUUCACAUUCUAUAAUUAUAAAUUGUUAGAAAAAUAGGAUGAACAUUGUUUAACGGAUUUUUCAUUUCAAAAAAGUUAGUAGGUGCAAGGAUGCAAUGCACCAUUUUAUAAUGAGCCAACGCGCCAUAUUUGACGCGUACGCGACCAUCUCUGUUCUAGAGAGUUUACUUUUUUAACUAUUUCUAUACCAAACUACUUUUAUCGUAGUUCAAAAUUUUCAUAAGAAAAACAAUCUCAAUCCGUCCAUUCAUUACGAGAAUUGUAGUCUUUUAUCAUUAGCAUUAUAUUAACUUUAGAAGUUAAAUAUAAAUUAACGAUUAAUUUAUUUUAAUAUUACAUUGCUAUGUUACGAAUACAUAUUCGGAGCGGCAACUGGCAAGCGUACGUUAAUGAUCCGUAUAAUGGAGAGCACUUUCGAAGUAAGAUGUACCAGUAAGAAUAAUGCUAUCUUUAGUCUCGUCUCGAGACCAAAGAGGAUCACCAAACAAAAGCAUUGUAGUGAUAUGCUUCUGAUUAUGCGAUAGAUGAGUCACUGAAAUCUGCCACAGCUAUAAAACGUAGAGAAUGGUACCUUAUAAGAAAGUACCAAAGACGACACAUAUAGUUGGCAAAGAAUGGAUUGUGUCUAUUCUUUACUGUUAAGAAUAUAGACAUCUAAUCCACCAAAAAUAUUUAGCUGGCUUAAUUGAGCUGUCCUACUUGCGGAUCAUAGGAUAUUGAAGUAUUUGGAAACGAUUCUUUACCAUGUUUUACGUAAAUCCUGAUACUUUCUGUAAGGUUAAUAUUUUAGUGCUCAAAUUCAAUUGUCGUACAAUUUUUCGUUACUUCCGUUGACGAAAAUUAUCAUGGAUCAUAUUUAAGUGUUGCAAGUAUUUUAAUAUACAUUUUUUUUU